AUGGCCGAAGUCGGUGCUUCUUAUCAACCAGCCUUGACCAAGGAACGCGAGGAGGAGCUGAAGAAGAUCGCAGCUCAGAUCCUGACCCCCGGCAAGGGAAUUCUCGCUGCUGACGAAUCCACUGGUAUGUUUUCCACUAACUUCUUAUGUGCUUAGGAAGAGGAGAGUAUUUUCUCUCUGUCAAAUCAUGUUUGACACACCUGCUGCCAAAAAUAUUUCUCUAACAGCUUAUAUUAUCCAUGAAGUUAAGUAGUCUAAUGUAAUAUUAAUUGAAGGAUCGAUUGGCAAGCGUUUGGCCUCCAUCAACCUCGAGAACACCGAGGAAAACCGCCGCAAGUACCGUCAGCUUCUUUUUACCACUCCCAACCUCAACAAGAACAUCAGUGGAGUCAUUUUAUACGAGGAAACUUUCCACCAGGUAAAAAAUUUAUUUCUUCGGGAUACGAAAGUGUCUUAGAACAUUGGAAGAUUGUUUAUAAGUGAAAAAUGAUUCGUUUUCUCUUGUUUGUUACGAGUCUUAUCAGGCUCCACGUGAAUCUUGAUGUUUUCUUGUUUACAGCGAGUUUUUCGAGUAGAGUACGGGGUGAAAGUACUAUACUUUUAUUUGUUUAUCGAUUCUAUAGUUCGUAAGCAGUCAUUUGUGAUCUUUUUCCAACUGAUGGAACGUGGUUUUUAUCAAUUUCUUCUCAAAAUUGUUUUUGAUUCCAAGUGCGAAAUAAUUUUCCCCGAUUUCAUUGCAGAAGGCUGACAACGGCGAGCGCUUCGUCGACAUCUUGAAGAAGAAUGGAAUCGUUCCCGGAAUCAAGCUCGAUCUCGGCAUUGUGCCGAUUGCGGGCACCGUCGGAGAAGGGGUUACCCAAGGCUUGGAUAACCUCCAGAAGAGAGCCGAGGAGUUCAAGAAGGGUGGAGCCGAGUUCGCCAAGUGGCGUAACGUGAUCCACAUUGGAAAGAACGUCCCAUCCCACGUCGCGCUCCAGGAGAACGCCUCCGUUCUCGCCCGAUAUGCAUCGAUCUGCCAGCAGGCCGGCCUAGUCCCAAUUGUUGAGCCAGAAGUACUCUGCGAUGGAGAACACGACCUCGCCAGAUGCCAGAAAGUCACUGAGAUCACCCUCGCCUACCAAUACAAAGCUUUGGCCGACCAUCACAUUUUCUUGGAAGGCACUCUCCUCAAGCCAAACAUGGUCACCCCUGGGCAAGGACAUGCCAACAAGGCCACCGCUGAAGAGAUUGGAUUUGCCACUGUCACUGCUCUAAGACGAGGAGUCCCAUCAGCUGUUCCCGGUAAGAGUUUUUGUCUUUUUUGUUGACGUUUAGGUGAUGAAAUAAGAAAAAUGUCGUGAAGGUGUUUUUUUUCUGAUGGAUGUUAUUUUGGUCGAAUUUUGUUGCAGUUUUCGGGCUGAAAUUGAAACAGUAGUUACUUCAUAGGCAAACCUUGGAAUGUAGACUAAUUCUAUGCUGUUUCAGGCAUUGUCUUCUUGUCCGGAGGUCAAUCUGAGAUUGAAGCCACCAAGAACUUGAAUGCCAUCAACUCUGUCAACCUAUUGAAGCCCUGGACUCUGACCUUCUCGUACGGUCGUGCUCUGCAAGCCUCCGUUCUGAAGGCCUGGGAAGGAAAGGACGAGAACAUCGAAGCCGCCCAGAAGGUCCUCCUCCACCGCGCACAGGCCAACGGAGAAGCGCAACUCGGGAAAUACGCUGGAGAAGAAGGUGCCGCUGCUGCCGCCGAGUCCCUCUUCGUUAAGAACCACGCAUACUAA